GUGAGCACGAGUGAAGGCCAUUUUCGGGCGAUGUCUGUGCACACAAGACCCGAGUGAAGGAGCAGGAGAGCAGGGGAGACGGCAAGGGAGGGAGCUACGGCUCAGGACAGCGCCACAGCAAUUAUUAGUGGCAAUUGCACUUCCAGAUUUGAUUCCUUGUCUUUAAGAGCGGCCACGGGAGGGCAGAAGUGCAGAUUAGAAUAGAGCUAGCGAGCGAGAGAGAGAGAGAGAGAGAGAGAGGAGGGAGGGGAGAAGUCUUCGUUGAAGUCCGUUUUUUGAUGUUAUGGUUGAGGUUAGACAGAUGCCAGAAGUUGUGUAAGAACAUCGACUGGUUGUAUAUUUUUGUCACUUUUCUUAAGGUGUCUUUUUGUGUUCCGUGCCGGGUUUGGAUUGGCGUAGGAGACGAGACGAGAGGAGGAGGAGUGGGGAGGGGUUUGUAGUAGUGAGGCUGGCGGAUGGGCUGGCUGGCUGGCCGAUGGGAGGAAAUUAGUUGUCUUUGUGCUUUGUUGAGCGAUUUGGAGUAGAGAUAGAAAUCUGCCUUGUUGAAAUUGUAGUGUGCCGAUUGGUGUGGACAUUUUGAUUUACUUAUUGGGUAGGGGACCCGAGCGAAAGACGAGUGGGAGUAAGAGUACCGACGGGUCAAGGACUCUGAAGAAAUAUGGCAGGAGGAGGAGCAGCGUGGAGAGUGAUGCUGCGGCUGCUUCUACCCGCCUUGUUGCUGUUAGCAUAUGCUCAAGGCGUUAGGGGAGACGACGAUAUUGUUCAGCCGGAUGACGAGAAAGCGCCCAAAAUGCCUGGAUGUGAUAACGAUUUUGUGCUGGUGAAAAUUCGAAAUUGGAUAGAUGGCCGUGAGAGUGGAGAGUUUGUCGGAGUAAGUGCUCGUUUCGGAGCACCCAUCAAACAACACAAAAAGGACGCUCCUGGUGCACCUUUAGCUCUGGUUAAACCACCCACUCUUUGCCAGAACUACACCUCGGAGGGCGAGCUGAAUGGUUUUGCGGCUCUGGCCCAGCGAGGAAACUGUACAUUCACCACGAAGGCCCGAAUUGCCCAGGUCGCGGGGGCUGUGGCACUUCUAGUUGUCAAUGAUAUGGAAGAGCUGUACAAGAUGGUAUGCACGGAGAAUGAUACUUUCACGGACAUCACCAUACCAGCUGUGAUGCUACCAAAGUCAGCAGGAGAGACUCUGCAGAAUGCUUUGCAUUCUGGAAGCGAAGUGAGGGUGCUAUUUUACUCCCCGAAGAGGCCACUUGUAGACGUCGCGGAGGUGUUUUUGUGGCUGAUGGCGGUAGGCACGAUCCUUGGGGCUUCUUACUGGUCUGCCUGGAGUGCCAAAGAGGCUGCUAAUGAGCACUAUCGGCGGCUGAAAGAGAUGCCGGACGGUUAUCUGGUUGAUCAAGAGCAAGACGACAAGGAUGUUGUUGAUAUCAGUGUGGCAUCCGCCCUCCUCUUUCUAGUCAUGGCCUCGGGUUUCUUGCUCCUGUUAUACAAAUUCAUGUCCGACUGGUUCCUGUUACUGCUAGUCAUACUGUUCUGUAUCGGUGGCGUGGAGGGCCUUCAGACCUGCCUCACAGCCUUUCUCUCCCGGUGGUUCCCGCAUGCUGCAUCCUCUUAUGUCAAUCUGCCGUACUUUGGAACCGUUUCUGCACUUACCCUAGUCGUUUCUCCCUUCUGCAUCACCUUCGCCGUGUUAUGGGCUUGUUUCCGGCAUCUGUCAUUCGCUUGGAUUGCCCAAGAUAUUCUUGGCAUUUCGCUCAUACUCACCGUUCUUCAAAUUGUGCGGCUGCCAGAUAUCAAGGUCUCCACAGUCUUGUUGAGCUGUGCUUUCUUGUACGAUAUCUUCUGGGUUUUCAUCUCGCCGGUUUUCUUUCAUGAAAGUGUGAUGAUUGUGGUUGCGCGUGGUGACAAAAGCGGAGGUGAAGGGAUACCCAUGCUCUUAAAGGUCCCACGAUUGUUUGAUCCAUGGGGUGGUUACAGCAUCAUUGGGUUCGGUGAUAUUUUGUUGCCAGGUCUCCUUGUUGCGUUCUGCCUCAGAUAUGACUGGGCAGCUAAGAAGACCCUCUAUGGAGGUUACUUUCUUUGGUCAACCGUGGGCUAUGGCUUAGGGCUUUUCUUAACGUAUGUCGCUCUGAAUUUGAUGAACGGCAAUGGUCAACCAGCUCUUCUGUACAUUGUUCCAUGUACACUUGGCACUGUAAUCGCUUUGGGCUGGUGGAGGGAAGAGUUCCGCAUAUUGUGGAAUAAGGGAAUUUAUCACACAACUGCUACAGUUAUGGGUGGUCAGUGGGCAACUAAAUAUGAGCAGAUCGAGGGCUCACUAAGGUAGCAAUCAGCGGAGGUUAUACACCCAAGUAGUUCUAGUACUUGUUAGUUGUAGUUAUUUUAUAGAGAACCACAGAAAGCUCAAGUUUUGCAGGGGGUUUUUUGCAGUGAAAGCUGCUAAGGCUGUAUGUGAUAAGCUGCUAAGGCCGUAUUUCAAAAUCCAUUGAGCUUUUGACCCAAAGGCAGUCCAGGUCUAUUCAGUGUGUUUCGUCCUUGUAAAUUGGAAAGCCCAUGUGUUUAAUGGGUGUAGCAAGAAACCAGUGGCCAUCAUUAACGGGUGGUAGAAGUAGGGUGGACUUAAAACCUCAGUUCAGGCGCAGUAAGUAUACAGAGAGUCAAGACCUUUUAUCCGGUGGAUUUUGGGUUCCUUUUGAGAAGCUUAUCCACAGGUGAAGCACCUGAUACUUGCGCUUCUGUAGACAGCUCUGUGGUCAAUGUAUGUCGAAGAUGUACCCACAUCAUAACCUUACAUCAUGUAGCAGUAAGUCAAGGCACAUUUGUGUAGGUCCAGGGCUUCAGCAUCGCAAGGUUAUCCCUCAUUCUGGUUUUCUACCAGCUUGCAGUAAAGUCUUGAUUCUCAAAGUGCACCAUAUUAAGCAUAUAUCAGGAGCUGUCACAAGCCAAUAUUUGAAAUUGUACAAGAGGUUCAAUAGUCACUACUUCCGAAUCCAGUUACCCGGUCGUAGAAAAGCAUGUUGUUUGCAGCUGUGGCUGUCUAUGAACAUGGUGCAUUGAAGUCGUCGACAGCUUCUUGUUGUUU